AUGGCCAAUGUGAACUGGAUCAGUGGUCGUACGUUUCCAGGUGGAGUUGUCCGCGCUCACUACGAGUCGCCGGACAGUCUCUAUAUUCCGGAAACGUCAGAUUGUCCAUGGUCCUUAGAUGGCUUGUCGGAUCGUCGGGUCACGUGCGCGAAAUGCACGGAUGGCCAGUUGAUGACAGUUGAGGACGACUGGCGUCACGAUUCGUCCGGGCAGCUCUCCGGCAAAACAUGGACAGGAGAGACCAGGUUUUUCUGGCGUUCGAGCGGAGGCGUCCAUAGUUUUCGUGAUUGGAGGAGUACCUGCACGGAGGCGGUGUACCACAUUGUGGAGGUCCCAGGAGGAAUCGAGCGUAUGGCGGAGGAGACGCCUACAGAUGGGUAUUAUGAGGCUCUUCGGAAUGAUCUAGGCAAGAGGUACCCUUCCGCGGACAGAUUCCUCUUGGAUCAUUUGGUGUCGCUCGAGGGGUUCUUAGACAAAUCGAUCAUCUUCGGGUUCAGCUAUGGCGUCGGGAAGGCUGAGCUGUGCCGUACUGGAGGGAAACUCUUGGGACAUAUCAUCGGAAGGUCAGGAUCUUCCCCUGAUCCGGAACGCGCUCAAGUGGUCCGUGACUUUGCGCCACUCAAGGAGAAGUUGCAUAUCCAACAAUUCCUUGGUUCUGCAAAUUGGUUGAGAACGUACUUGCCCUCAGAGUUUGGACAUUGUGCGAAGGUGCUCUCAGCUUACCAAAAGCCAGGCGCGGCCUUCCCUCCAGAAGGGUUAGGCGCGGGCAAUUCAGACGGGUGUAAAGCCGUCAGAGCAAUCAAAAAGAUGCUGGAAUCGGCUAUCUGUCUCUCAGUCUUUGACGAAGCGUCGGCAAUCACAGGUGAGUGCCCUUUGGAGCAAGUUGCCGACGCGAGCGGAUAUGCUGUUGGUGGCACUGUGCUCCAGAUGAGCCGGGAUCUGACUCAGAUGAAAGUUUGGCAGCCGACUCCAAGGGCUUCAUCACGCGAAGAGCGUCAUGAUCUGGUGCCACCCUGGAGACAAGGUCGAUAUGCCAACAAGGAAGCCAGCACUAUAGGGAUCAGCGUAAACUCUGGAACAGAGCUGGUCCGUCGCUGGGAGUCAGCCUUCGAAGAAGCGUUCGAAAAUGGUUCGAAGAUCGACCAGUUCGAGACAGAGCAAGGCUCCGACCGACGCAGGGUCGGCACAGCCAGUUCAGCUGCUGAAGUCCAAUGA